AUAUAAUUUAUUAUUGAUAAAAUGGAUGAAAUAAAAAUUAAUUCUACAUUGAAUAAUGGGUUACAUAGCCCAGGGAUCGAAGAAUAUUCCAACAACAAUCCAACCAAAAUUCUCAAACAAUUAAAAUAUUUAGUACAUUUUAUUAAAUUUGGAGAUAAUACACAAAAAUGUAUAAAAACAACAAAUGAAAAGUAAGCUCCAUAAUUAUUAUAACAAUAGGUAUUGAACAAUUUAAGAGUAUUUUCAACAGAAUAAACGAAUCGGAAUUUAAAAAAAUGGCUGAAGAAAUAGUUAAAAACCGGAAUCGUAUAGCCCAAAUGAAAGUUGAAGAUAAUAUUAUAAAUGAAUUAAUUGAAAAUAUACAUGUUAUAGCAAAUGAUUUACAGACCGAGUUUGAUAAAGAACAAUUGCAGCCAACGGAUAUUAUUGAUAUAUGUGAUAAGGCUAUUUCCCUGAAACUAUCGAAUAUAAAGAAUUCUAAAAAUAUAAAUUGCGUAGAAGAAUUUGUCAAGUUAACCAAGAUUAGAUUACUGGAUUUAGCAAGAAUAGAAGAUGAAGUAAACCAAGUUUUAAAUAAAUCGACAACAAAAAAUAAAAUAACUAAACCUACUGGAGUCAAAACAACUAGAACAAAACACUUGACAUUGUCAAUUGGGGGCGAUUCUGUUUCUUCACCGGGUAUUCCUAACAGAAAUGAACGUGAAAAAAAUAACUGUUUAGCUGUUAAAGCUCGUUUGGAACGUAUCAGAGAGUUUACGAUCAAUACAAAUGAUGAAGACACAGCAGAUACACCUACAUUAAGAUCACGCACUAGAACACCUCACAAUUUUUUCACUCGCUCUAAUACUGAAAUAAAUGGAAGGUCGAGAUUGAAUGAUGAUUUUUUGAGCCGUGAUGGAAUAUUUGGUGCAGACGACUACUUAUUUGAAUUUUCUAGUCCAAACAAUAGUACUUUGCAUCAAGAUAGAGAUUUUGAAGAUGACAAUAGCGGAGAUACACAUAUAUCGUUGGCACCGUUUAAUAACUGGUCAAUAGAUAAUAACAGUAAUGAGUAGUUGAACAAUAAUUUGUAAUACAUUUAUUACCUUAAUGUACAUUAUUAUAAAAUUUACGUAAAAGGAUGUAAUAAAAUAAUGUUAAGAAACUACUUACUGCAUCAGU